CGACCUCCUUCAACCACCCUCCAACGAGUAACAACGUUUGCAGGCUGGGAACUAUACGGGAUCGUAUGGUGAAUUGGGAGGGCGCCAUCCGACAACUAUACGGAGAUCAUUUCCGGAGGUACAUUUCGGAUACGAAGUGGAGCGGUGUCCCACCAUCCGGAAUCGUACAGCAGAUAUAAGGAGGAGCGGGAGGAGGAGCGAGACGCGGAGCCGGAGGAGCAGGAGGAGGGAUGGGAAAAGGAGCGGGAAAAGGAGUGGGAGGAACGGGAGCAGGUGCGGGAGAAGGAGCGGGACGGGAAAUGCGAAGGGGCGGAGGAGCCGCGGGAGGAGGAGCUGGAGAAGGAGCGGCAGGGGAAACGGGGAGGGGGUUAGGAGCGGGAGACGGAGCACGAGGAAAAAUGAGAAGGGGCGGAGGAGUCUCGGCAGGAGGGGCGGUAGGAGGAGCGGGAGGAGGAGCGGGAGGGGAAACUGGGAGGGGAGUGGGAGGAGGAGGUUAUGCAAGCGGGAGGAGGAGGUUGUGCAAGCGGGAGGAGGAGGUUGUGCAAGCGGGACGAGGAGGUCAGAAGAGGGGAAGGACGAGAUCGCACAAGGGGGAGGAGGUAGGAAGACAGAUUGGAGGAGGUGGCACGAGGGGGAGAAGGAGGUCGCACAAGGAGGAGGUCGUGCGAGGGGAAGCGGACGUCGCACAAGGGGGAGGAGGUCAGAAUAGAGGUGGGAGGAGUUCGUGCGUGGUGGAUGAGGAGGGGGAAGAGGACGCAGGAGGGGGAGGAGGAGGUCGCACAAGGAUUAGGAGGUCGCGCGAGGGAAGAAGGGUCGGAAGAGAGGGAGGAAGUCGCACGGGGGGAGGAGGGGGUCGCGCGAGGGGUAGGAAGAGGUCGCACAAGGAAGAGGAGGAGGUCGCGCAGAGGUUGCGUAAGGGGGAGGGGGAGAUCGGAACACGGAGUGGCAGGGGGAGGAGCAGUUCGCACAAGGACAAGCAAGAGGUUGCACAAGGGGGAAGAGGAGGUGGCACAAGGGAGAGGAGGAGGUCGGAAGAGGGGGAGGAGCAGGUCGCAAGAGGAGGACGAGAGGUUGCAGCGGAGGUCAAGGGAGGUUGGAGGAGGUCGCGCGAGUGGUUUGAGGAGGCCAGACGAGGACACAUGAGCGAGAGGAGGAGGUGGUGUAAGGAGGAGGAGGAGCUGGAUGAGGUCGGAAGAGAGGUGUGAGAAGGUCGCACAAGGGGGAGGACGCAGUGCAAAGGGGAGGAGUGGGUCAUGGGAGGGGUAGGAGCAGAUCGCAUGCUGGGGACGAG